AUGAGAGGCGACGUCAACCCCACGCAGAUCCAAGUGCUCGACGGGGCUGCCCUGAGGGCGCUCUCGACGGAGCUCAACUCGAGCAAGUACGCCAUCGACGCGCACAACCGCUCGAUUAACGAAAUCGGCAACUUGUCGGAGCUACCGAAGUUGUGUUCGCUGGAUGUGUCAUUCAACAAGAUCACAUCGCUGCGGAACGUGAGCACGGCCAGAGAGUUGCGGGAACUCAAGAUCUACAACAACAAGCUCACUAAUACUAUCGGACUCAAAGCCAAUUCCAACUUGGAAGGCCUGCAGAUGAACGACAACCAGAUUGAAGAGAUCUCCAGCGACUUCUUAGCGCUGGGUAGACUCAAGAACCUGUGGCUGAACGGCAACCGCAUUGCCUCUGUGCAAAACCUUCGGGGAUGCAGACUGCUUGUUCAUUUGGAUUUGGGUCGGAACCGUCUGCAAGGUGCAGCAUCCGAGGGACUAGAUGCGCUUACCAACUUGAAACACCUGAACCUUGCUGGAAAUGAGCUCUCAUCGGGUGGCAAUCUCGCUUACCUUACGAAGCUGGAGGAGCUGAACUUGUCGGAGAACAAGCUCACAAGUUUGCAAGGCAUCAUGCCGCCGAAUCUGCUUGUGCUUCGAGUGAACGGAAAUCAGAUUUCUGACUUCCAAGGCAUGGCAACGCCACUGGAAAAGCUUAACGAGCUCUACGCCCACGACAACAUGAUCGUGGACAUUGAAUCACUUCCUACUCGCUGCCCACAGCUGGAGUCUGUCGAUUUGAGAAAUAACCAGAUCGCUUCAUGCUCCCAGAUUGGGAUUCUGGCUACGUGCGAGGGGCUACAAGAUAUUUGGUUGCAAGGAAAUCCAUGCUGCUAUUCGAGCAGCUACCUCAUUGACGUGAUGUCGGCGCUUCCAGAGCUGAAAACACUCGAUGCCUUCACUGAUGCGCAAUUACAGAGCCACCGCGAUAGGCUGAAGAAGGGUCUUAUCUCUCAAGAAGAGUUGCUUAAUUCUUCUAGAGCCUCGACACCCGCAUAUCGACCAGGGUCUGCGGCCUCUCGUUCGGGAAGUGCACGCGCUCGAACGCCCAGCGGGAGGCCGGCGACGCCCGACUCGGCCCCUGUUUUUCAUACCCCUUCAGCUCGAAUCGGCAACCUCACGAAGUUAACCAGUGAAGACGAGCUCGUGAAGGCUCAAGAGGAAGUUCGCAAUCGUUUGCAGAAGAUGAAGCAAUUGUUGCAUCGCGUGGGGAGCCAGACUGACGAGUCUGCAGCACCCGACAAGAAAGAGCGGGCGGACCAGCCAAAUGAGACAGAGCGGAUUCCUAAAGUGGUGCAUCGAGCGAAAACCGUGCAGUCGCUCAUCAGAAGGUCAUGUGUCGACGCGGCCUGCGAAAUGGAAACACAGACGACAUUGCCACCAGCUCCACUCCUUUCUGCAUCAAAAUCGGGCUCUCUUCGUGACUCGGAGUCGAGACUACCUCAAGCCGAACAUGAGCAACACGAGCAGAACAACGAAGCUGAUAAGACACCAGAUGAAUCAGGAAGCGAGCCCACGAAGGCUGACUCUCAGUGGGGCCCUCAGCAAGACGGCGAUGCGAUCGAGGCUGAGAUGAAGCUCUUCCUUAUGCAGCAUGCCAUGGAUGGCGCUUCUCCUGAAGACAACCAAGUGAGAGCUGAAGAACAACCCGAGGAAGAUGUUGACCCCGCCAAGUUCUGGUCAGACUCUCCUCGACUGGAUACUAUCAAGACUGCUGAACUACGCAAGCCCCCGACGUCGCUGUCAAGGACGGGCUACCGAACGUUUCGAAUGCCUUCGCGACCCAGCAGCUCCGAUAGCCUUCAGCUAUAG